AUGGAGGGCUUUAGCCCACGCAGGGGAAGCUAUGGAAGCGCCGUCAACAGCGAGGCAAGUGUGGAAGACACUGGAAAGGCGGAUGCAGUGCCGUUUUCUGAGGGUCCAGCGGCUGAAGCAGAGUCAUCUGCAGCACAGGCAGCAGCUGAGAUCCCUGGUGCUGGACAGUUUCCGCCACAGUAUCAGACCUUGCCGGAAGACCUUCUGCGUGAGAUCGACGAUUCAGGCCCUGACAAGGAGGAAUGCACGCCCUUUAAAGAGGCACGCUGGGAUCGCAUGUCAGCGAACCCAGGACUCUUUGCAAGCCCUGAGCAAGGCAUUGGAGCUGCAGCCAGACAGUGGACGAGUUCAUCUCGCCUCCACCUGCACGAGGUGCGUGGGAAGCCCAAGAAGAAUAAGCAGACGCAGGUCGAUGAAGGUUUUUCUGUGCAGUUGGUGGAGGUGUCGCGGAGCAUGCGUGGCAGCGCUGUCACAUCGAUCGAGUCCUCAGCUGGGGCACAAUGCUACGCUGAGGUUGUGAAGGAACUGAAGGAGCUGAAGGAGCGUAUGGACGGCAAUGAGCGUGGCAGAGUGCAUGAACCUCAUGCAGCAUCACCACAUCAAGAUGUCCAGUAUCAUCCAGAAUCGCCAGAGCGAGUCACGCCCACCUGCCAAUCUUCCGUUGACUCGCCUCCCCCCGUCGUGCGCAACAAGCUGAUCUACCUGUUUGAUCCCACCUUCAAAGUCCUGAUGCAUCCAGCUGUUGAGAGCUGGUCUGUCAAGCUGCCGAAGAAGCAGAUGAAGUGCCUGAAGGACAUGAGCGCCCAUGACCGGAAGGCCAUGGUCAAGGCAAUUCACAAGGCAUGGGCUGAUGGGGAAGCUAGGACCAACCCCAAGCAGUUCCUGAAGAUUGUGAUGGAGCGUGAGUUUGGCGAUGAGACAUGCGAACCGGAGUAUCAGGCACCUAAAGAGGAGGGCUACGGAGAUUUUUAUUAG